UGUGGCGAUAUUACCUUGACAAGAAAUUCCUGUUGGCAUUUUCAAUAAAGUCGUCGAUUACAUUACUUGAAAAUAUGAAAUAUUUUAAUAUAAUAAUAUUUCAGGACAAUUCAGACAGCGCCAUCUAGUCCCAAGCUAAGAAGAUCUUGUGUUAUGGGUACUAGACAAUUCAUACAAAUACAUAGAUACUUUUUUAUAAAUACGUACAUUAUACUCGGUACUAUUUUAAGUACCGAGUCUGGCAACUUGAAACCGCGCCUUCUAGUGGCAACCCUGGUCCGAAUAACAAAUUACGAAUUUACGAGACAAAAAAGAAGAUACAAAAUAGUUUUCUAGGUAUAAAUAAAUUUAUUUCGAUAUUUAGUUAAUUCUAUAUUUUUACAAUGUUUUAAACGGGCGUUUUUAUAAAUCAAUGAUCAAAUUACGUAAAGCAUUAAUUGUAUAAUAAUGAAGCCAAAUCAGGAAACAGCCGAAGGGGAACCAGCGAUUACCGGUGACGUGAUAGGAGACACCGCGUACAGUGAACGUUUUGUAUUGAAAAUUUUGUUGAAACUAGCAAAUUUGGAUACACUAAAAGAUGAAAUUCAAGAGAAAUCCUUCGAAGAUGACCUGUGCACUCUGUGGGACAUGACCGCCGAAAGAGAUGUCGUGAUGUUUCUACAAAAACAUAAAAUGUUGAAUCUAUUAAAUUUCGCAUUACCCAUUAUAGAAUCUCCUCGUAUUAUAGAAAUAUUUAUCGGUAUAACGGGCAACAUGUGCUGUCAGAAGGAAGUUGUGAGUGCACUUCUCAAGAUGGACAGCAAAAAAAGAAGAUAUAAAUUAAUUCUCUUAAACCUAUUACUGGAGAAUAUCAAGACUGACGACAGUUUAGUUCUGAUUCAACUUCUGCGACUGAUCAAUUCCAGCUUAUUUCUCAUAGACCAUGAAGCUGUAUGCAUUUGGAUGGGGCUGUUCAAGAAGAUUGAAUAUUCAAGUGCCUUGUACUUUAUACUGAAGAACUCUUCAAAUAAAGAUCUGUUAGUAACAGCACUAGAAAAUAUCAACACAAUAUGUUCAUAUUGCAACACAGAGAAGUGUAGAGCAGAGUUUUUUACACAUUUUGUCACAGUGGAUGCUCUGGAGUCGUUGACUACGGCUUUUACUGAAAUUACUGUGAAUCAGAAAGACAAAUGUGAGAGGGACGAGUUGGAGAGGGUAUUAGUUAUAAGCCUGCAGACCAUUCUUAAUUUAGUGGGAUUUGAUAAAUCAUCGGGAGUGUUCAAAGAUAGCAGGGAGAAUGUAUCAAAUAUGAUUGGCAUUGUACUUAAAUAUUACGAGACCAAGUUUGUUGAGCAGAAGGAAGUGGACUCAGAUUUAAUAGAUGUUAUCGAUUCAACUGGCACAAUAUUGAACAUAAUGCAUUUAAGUGAAUUGAGUGACUGCGAAAUCUACUUCCAACCAAGCUACAGAAUUUGGAAGGCUCUGAAGUUGUUGCUACAGAAGGAUAAAAAUGGUGAUGAUGUUGAAGAGGAUGAUAAGGAGGAGUUGCGUGAAUUCUGUAAACAACUUAAAUCACCAUUGAGCACAUUCAUAUGUGUUUACUUAGCUAAAUGUUCAGAGAGUAAUCUUCUGAAAGCUUUGGACGAGAUAGGUGCAGAUUAUGAUGAAUUACUGAAAAUGGUUAAAAAUAAAGAUAAGGAAAUAAAAGAUCUUGUGUCCAAAAGAGCUAUAAACUAUAGAACUAGAUUAAAAGAAAAUGCUGAUUCAUAAAUCUAAUAUAAUAUAUUGUAAUAACUUUAUUAAUUUUUU